AUGUAUUACCAUGGCUUGCCUUCGAAACCCACCUUGGUCUUUCGUACAGGGCCCCCAUCGGAGAAGCUAACCAGCCCCGAGACAUACCUCGUGAAGAGGGAGGUCAGGCCGGUCUUCGAUGACAAGUUCGCGGCUGCAUGGGAGGACGUGGGUACACACGUCUAUCAAUACCUUGACUCUGCCACUGUCAAGUGGACGACAAUCGAUGUCGUCCGCUUCGCCGAACCCGGAAAGCACGUCGGUCCCAUCGUUCUAUGGGUCGGUGUCAGGCCUGGGUCUCUCUCCCGCAAGCUUGCCCAGGUUGCGGCCCUUGCCUGCGAGAAUAUUCUUCUCUCGUUUCAGAUCGUCGGCGUGGAGAUAGCGUUUCGUGAGUCAGUCUUCCGGCGGUCCGGCCCCAGGCUCUUAAACUACGUCGCCACUGCAAACCCAACCGCCAGCGUUUGCAGUCCUCUCACCGCGGCACUCGGUCUCCGCAUCGCAUUGGUCUCCACUCCGUAUGCUGAGGGCACCGGCGCUCUCUACCUCUCCGCAGGCUGCCACAGCGAGACGGUCUACGUUCUCACGGCCCGCCACGUUGUCUUGCCACCUAAAGAUACGCAAAACAAGCUCUAUCACCGUACGCAGAACAGUCAGCGCCGUAUUCAAAUUAUGCUUCCCGGUCCCGUGGCCCUCCAGGGCGUGCUCACGUCUGCUAUGGCCAAGAUCGCCGAUGACACGUUCAUGCUUGACGUACUCAAGAAGAGGGAGGAGAGUGGGGACACGGGCGGUGUCGAGGCAGAACGGGCGGUGGUCGAGCCUAGAUUGAGGGAGGCGGAGGCGUCACUCAAGGCGAUCAACAAAUUCCACAGCGAUGUCACCAAGGUCUGGAGCAAAGAGAAUAAUCGUGUCAUUGGCCACGUCCUUUAUGCUCCUCCUAUUACCGCCGGUGCCGGCAGCAAGCACUACACCGAGGACUGGGCCCUGAUCGAGCUCGACCGCAACAAGAUCGACUGGGCCAACUUCAGGGGUAAUGUGAUUGACUUGGGGACCAGACUCUUUCCGAUUCAGGGCGUCGUCCCGGAAGACGAGCUCACUCGCCCGCGAAUGCUCGACGCGAAUGGCGAGCCGUGCCUUCUUCUCAUUAAAAAUGGCGCCACGACGGGCACGACCAUUGACCGUGGCACCGGCAUCAAAUCGUUCGUGCGCGACUAUUCUUCGGACGGCACUGAGCAAACGUCGAUGGAGUUUGCGAUUCUUGGGAAUGAUGGAACUGCGUUCUCCGCCGGAGGUGACUCUGGCGCCAUUAUCGUCGACGGAAAGGGGCGUGUCGCCGCCCUGCUCAUCGGUGGAUCCGGCCUGACGGAAUCUACCGAUAUUACCUACGGAACUCCUUUCGAAUGGCUCUUGGAGCGUAUCAAGGGCAAAUUCCCCAACGCUCACCUUUUCCCCACUAUGGCUUAGGCGUCGCGACGUCGACCUACAAUGGAGACGUCUGAAGCAUGUGCGGAUAUUGGAUUAGCCUCGUAAAGUAGCAUCUGGUUUUCUCUUAUAACGUAAUCGCGUACUACUGUAUUCCCCUCCCCCAAGAUGACUUGCACGAACAUUGUAAAUCCCCUCCCCCACUCCUCUACCCCUUUCGAUUUCUGUAUGUUGAGUCAACAAUGGUGAUUUUGUGUUUCCCUUA